UUAUGACACUAUGAAGAGGGUGGAGUUGUCCUCUGGUUGGUGUUCUCCUGCCCCAGCUUAAACAAGUUAAAGGAGGAUUGAGGAGAUAGGAUAUAAGGUGCAACGCACCAUUAACCACCCUAACACCUUCCUAUCACCAUGCACUCAACUCUGGUACUUACCCUCUGCUUCAUCACUGGGAUCAGAGCUUCCCCAGUGCCACCUUCUACUUCUUGCUCACCCCCUUGUGUGCAGACACCACCACCUCUGAAAGGAAGUACAGGCAGUGCAGACAAUAAUUCUCAGAACCCAAACUGCUCCUGGUCCCAGUGGUUUAAUGUCUACAGACCAACAUCCGGCCCAGAUGGUGGAGACUUUGAGACUUUUGAGAACAUAAGGGCUGAAGGGCAUGCUGUAUGUAGUGCACCUCAAGCAGUGAGUUGUAGGCUAGUCAGAUUUCCCGAUAUCCCCUUGGAUAAACUGUACUACACUCAGGAAUGUGGGGUUUCUCAAGGCUUGGUUUGUGAAAAUAAAAAUCAAGGUAAUGACAGCUGCUUGGAUUAUGAGAUCAAGAUUUUAUGUUGCACAGGCCAGUUGGCUAAUGCUACAGAAUCCACAAAAAUUACUACAAUAUUGCCCCCCAAUAAUAAUCCUGAAGCUACUCCACUAUUUGAUGAACAAGGAAGUUCCUCUGGGAUGGAAGAAGAUGUUUCCACAACAGUUAUGAUGACAGUGUUCCCUAACAAUAAUGAAACUACUCCGAUAUUUGAUGAACAAGGAAGUUCAUCCCGGAUGGAAGAAGAUGUUUCCACAACAGUUAUGAUGACAGUGUUCCCCAACAAUAAUGAAACUACUCCGAUAUUUGAUGAACAAGGAAGUUCAUCUGGGAUGGAAGAAGAUGUUUCCACAACAGUUACGAUGAUAGUGUUCCCUAAAAAUAAUGAAACUACUCCGAUAUUUGAUGAACAAGGAAGUUCAUCUGGGAUGGAAGAAGAUGCUUCCACAACAGUUACGAUGACAGUGUUCCCUAACAAUAAUGAAACUACUCCGAUAUUUGAUGAACAAGGAAGUUCAUCUGGGAUGGAAGAAGAUGCUUCCACAACAGUUAAGAUGACAGUGUUCCCUAACAAUAAUGAAAAUACUCCAUUAUUUGAAGAACAAGGAAGCUCAUCUGGCAUGGAAGAAAGCAACUCUCCUGAGCCUUCACCAACAAUUACUAAAACAGUGCCCCCCAAAAAAUAAUUUAGGACACCAUAGGAUGGCUACAUUGAGAAGAAAGCUUGGCACAUUCAAAAUGCUUCCAAAUAAAAAGUAAUAUUCUUCUGGC